AUGAGAAAAACCCACCAUCAACGUCGCAGAAAAAAUGAUCGCAACCAAGUCACUCGAUCUCCCAUCUCCUUCUCUACGCUCCUUGCACGUCUUAUCGGCCAGAACAAAUGGCAAACCCACGAUUUUGCCAUUCUGGGCCUCCGUACCCAAAUCCUUGAGAACUGGCGCUAUGUGUACCCAGACAAUGCGAAUGUGGUUAUCAUCACCUCGUUUGAGCCAUACCCACACUCCCACAAGCAAUUCUACAACGCUUUCAUCGCUGAAUCUCGUGGUCAAAGCGACAGAAUCUUUCUCAGAUUGUUGAAACCCUCCUUGGAGCAGGCACUGCUCAACUUGCUAUGCUUGGCCGACGUCCGCGUCGGGUCUGUGACCAAAGACAUGCCAGUCGAAUCUAUGCAAGUCAGACUUCUGGAUCAGAGCGUCACCAAGGACUACGAUCGCGAGAGCGAUGUCAGAUCAAUGCAACCGCUCGAGGAGAAGAUCGAAGCUUUGAAACGAUGCCCCCAGCCACAUGGUCAUGCCAUCGAUCUGACUCCCAGCCAUUGA